ACCUCGUACUGUUCAAUCAGACAAAAGAUGUCCCUAAGUUCAACUAAUCUUUUAUCAUAACCGCUGUGUUUUUUUUUUGUUCUCUAUUGGUGUGUAACUGCUUUCAGUAGUUAUGUGUUGUUGAAAUAUUUCCUAUCAGGUACAUUUCAGCACAUCAGCGAAAUAUGGCAGCAGCCUUCUGUUGUAUUCUGAGCUGCCUCGAGCACUUUGUUGUCUUAGUGUUGGCCCUAGCUCUCCUUGGCGCAUAUCUCCGGGGAGGGACAAGAGAGAUAUUAAGGCUUCUAAUUCUCGGCAUUAAGCAAAUUCCUGGAUUGUCCGGCUUGCUGGGGUCAGUGCUCAAAUCGGAAUCUGCAAGUUUUCUGAAUUCCACGAACCUGGCACCGAAGGUUGGCGAGAAUGCCAAAAUUGUGUUGCCUAAAAAAGGUUUGCCCAGAGAAAAAAUUCUUGAAAAACUUGAUGAGAUGCGAGCCAAAGAAACUGACCACUUGGAAGGGAAAGUGUUUGCUUAUACUUACACUUUGAACGAUGACCACUUCGAACUGCAGAAAGAAGUCUACGAAAAAUUUACUGAAAAAAUUGGUUACUCCCCUGAUCACGAUGAGCUGGUGAAGUAUUUCCAAAAGGCUUUCUUACAUGAAAAUGGGCUGAACCCGAUGAUAUACCCAAGUCUGAGGCAAAUGGAGGUUGAGGUGGUCAGUAUGACGUGUGCUAUGCUCAAUGGGGAUGCCCAGGCUGUGGGGUUCUUGACCUCUGGAGGUACCGAAAGUGUCAUUAUGGCCGUCAGAGCGUACAGAAACCGAGCUGAACAGUUAUUCCCGUGGAUCAAGGAACCGGAAAUAAUAUGCCCUGUAACGCAACACCCAGUGAUUGGAAAGGCGGCCCAUUAUUUUGGCAUGAAGGUCAUUUAUGUUGACGUGGGCCCAGACUUUCGGGCAGAUGUUCAAGCUAUGGAAAAGGCUAUAACUUCUAACACAGUGAUGGUAGCUUGCUCGGCGCCCCAGUUCUGUCACGGGAUAGUCGACCCAGUGGAGGAGGUCUCCAACAUGGCUGCCAGACACGGAUUACCUUGUCACGUGGACGCCUGUUUUGGAGGCUUCAUGUUGCCGUGGGUUGAGAAGCUUGGCUAUGACGUGCCUACUUGGGAUUUCCGAUGUCCAGGAGUGACUUCUAUCUCAGCAGACGUGCAUAAAUAUGGAUACACGGUCAAGGGCGCCAGUGUGAUCGCCUACAGGAAUGAAGACUUACGGAAAUAUCAAAUUUACAGCUUCAGCUCUUGGCCAGGAGGACUUUAUGGUAGCCCAUCUUUGGCCGGAAGUAGGCCAGGUGGAAACAUUGCCGCUGCCUGGGCAGCCUUAAACUCCUUGGGGGAGGAAGGCUACAUGGCCAGAGCCAAAAUCCUCAUGGACAUUACCGACAGGAUCAAAGCAGGAAUACAAAGUAUCGAGGGUAUUAAAAUUAUGGGAAAUCCUCACAUGACGUGUAUGGCCUUUGGGUCAGAUCAUCCUGACCUGGAUAUACUUGUGGUUGCUGACCUCAUGGAAAAGAAAGGUUGGGUGAUGGAGCGUCAACAGAAUCCGACAUGCCUCCAUUGCUCCAUUCUCCCCCAUCACAACGCCUCCUGCGAUGCAUUGAUCGAUGAUCUUAGGGAGUCAGCAAAGUUGGCUCUGGGAAACAAAGAACUAUCCAAAAAAGGGAAAGCUGGAAUCUAUGGAAUGAUGGCUGCCAUACCAGACCAAACCAUUGUUGAAGAUUUUAUCAAGCAGUUUUUCUCCGACGUCUACAAAGUACAGAAGUGAUUCGGGAAUUUCUGUUCUCUAUGUGUGCAAUGUUUUCAGUGUUUUAGUUAUACAGUUAUAAACUAGACAAAGGGCAUAUAUAUAUAUUGUCAUUUUGUUAUGAUAUUAAUAUUUAUUGGUAAUUUUCAUAUAUGGCUAACUUUCUGGUGCAUAUGGUAAACAGGAAAUGGUAGACUUGAUAAGGGAAGUGUUUUAAUAAACAAAGUAAUUUUAGUUCUCUUUUUUUUUUGCCAGCACUAUAGAAGCCAAUUUCUGAGCUCUGUCGCUUGUAGCACAAAUAAAUUUUUUAGUAUUUAAUUGGCAACAUUUAUCUCUCAAGAUGGCGUCUCUGGCACUGUUUAUGUUGUUAAUUGAUAGCGAAACAUCUCCAGCUGCAUUUCAUUACGUUUUUAUUUCAGUUCCAUUAAAUCACCACCACAUUUCUUUAUAUCGAGCUCCCUUCUUUUUUUUUUGUUCCCGUAGUGUAUUUUAACGCUAUGCGAACUAAAACGGAAACAGAAGAAGCAAUAGGAAAAAGUUCUUAAAAAACAAAGCUUAUCUAAGGGAAGGAACCAACCGCUAAGUACUGCCAUUUAUCAUAAAAUUACAGGGUAUAUCUCCAUUUCUGUUAUAUAAAGCAAAAUAAAUAAAGUAGUAAGUAAGUUAAGUAAUUCGUUGUCUUGUUGCUGUUCUAGUCAGUUCUAGGUUUUAAGUCAUAGGCUACCGACAGAACUCAUUCGCAUCAAAUAUGUAUUACAUUUUCUACUCGUUGACAGUAAAAUGAAAGAAGCUAAAUAUACAAAAUCCUUUUCUUUUUAAAGAGCAGAGCUCGUGUAAGAGGAAGAACUCCACACGUACAACUAUAUAACUAAAAAUGUAGAAAUUAUUUCCCUCGUUUGACAUGAAAUAAAAUAGUUAAUUAACAAUAAUUAAUUGACUAAUUGGUUAACUAUUUACUGGAUUAAUGUUUUGUUAGGUACAAUAAAUAAUUGUUAAAAUGUAUACUCGAUCCGAGAAUGGAUGUGGAAGACAUAAGGUGUACAACUAUCAAAGGUGAUAAACCCUACAUAUUUAGCGAUAUCCGUGAAUGCUGAAGGAUUUAUUUACCUAGCUGGUAUCACAAAAAGUAAUUAAUUAUCAUUAAUUAAUUGACUCAUU